AUGGUCCUCGUCCAACCAGAAAACCAGCACGUCACCAAGGCCUUUGACCUGACUGGCAAGGUCGCGAUUGUUACUGGCAAGCACUUCGCCAUGAGAACAAGCGAGAUAAAGCGUGUGCUAACAGAGUGCAGGAGGAUCCCGCGGCAUCGGCCUCGAAGUCUCGAGGGGUCUGGCCGAAGCUGGGGCAAAUGUGUCGCAAUAAUUUACAAUACCUCCUCAACAGCCGCCGAAACGGCUUCUCAGAUUGCCUCGGAGAACAAGAUAACCUGCCGCGCAUAUCAGGCAAACGUGACUUCCAAGGACGAGGUCACGAGUACGAUAAACAAGAUCAAAUCAGACUUUGGGCGACUCGACAUCGUCAUCGCGAACUCGGGAAUUGCUUCGUCCGUGCCAGCCGAGGAAUAUACUAUAGAAGAAUGGCGCAAGAUUAUGGAUGUUAACCUCGACGGUGCGUUUUGGACAGCUCAAGCGGCAGCGAAUGUGUUCAAGGAGCAAGGCACCGGGAAAGGGAGCAUUGUGUUCACGGCGAGCGUUAGUGCGAGCCUCGUAAAUGUGCCGCAGAAGCAGGCUGCUUACAACGCCUCCAAAGCGGCCGUGGUCCAACUAGCGAAAUGUCUCUCUGUCGAGUGGGUCGACAUUUGCCGCGUCAACUGCAUCUCGCCCGGUUUCAUCGCGACCGAGAUCCUGGACCAUCAUCCCAAGGAAUGGAGGGAGAAGUGGUACGACAUGAUUCCGGCGAAGAGAAUGGCGCAGGCGUAUGAGCUGAAGGGGGCGUAUGUAUUUGCGGCGUCGGAUGCGUCGAGUUAUAUGACCGGGGCGGACAUAAUCAUAGAUGGCGGAUACGUCUUACCCUAG